AAUCAACAUUUUUUCAAAUCAAGUUUUCCAUGUUUUUCAAAUGGAAUUUGACCUCAGGAAUCCGAAUCUCAAAGCCAAAUUGAUCUAUCUAUCAAAUUGAUUGAGUUAUCGCCAUUUGUUUGCUCAGCGCUUUUCGGAACACAAAAGAUAACAAUACAUCCCAUAUAAUUCCGCAAGUUUCAGAAAUUUUCAUUCGCAUCUGACGCUUGAGCGUUAAACCAUAGAUAUAUUGAUGAAACUAACGCACGUGCGUCAGUUCGACGGAAGUGAUUGAAGAUCCAGGCGAUCCCAGCUGGGUCCCAACCACUGAUAUGCAUAAGAAAGUUACACCAUAGUUACAGUUAUUCGUCUUGUCGAGAUACCUACACUUGUUUCAUUAUAGGACCCGUCGAUAUAUUCAUUCAUUCAUACGUUCAUUUAUUCAUUUAUCUGACAGACGUACUUCCUGUCAUCUGUCAUAAUGCUGUGAAAUUUUCGGUCCAUCUGUACUUUUUUAUACUCAUUAAAAAUAGUAAAAAAAAGGGAAUUUUUUAAAUCACAAAAUUAAAUUUCCGUCAUCUUGAGAAUUAAUAUACGUCGUGUAGUAGACAGAUCAUGGUCUUGAUCGGUGAAAAAAUAUAAUAAUUAUCAAUUUGUUCGAUACAAACAAAUCUUGAGAAUGGCCGGAGCAGCGCUUGUUACCACCGUUGAUCCGCAUUUCAUUCCAGGAUACGCGGGAUUUUGCCCUCAGUAUCGGUACAGGUGCGGUGAGACUUACGGAAGCCAAACGCACAAGCUUCUAUUAGAUCCGACAAUCAAUCACGCCGAAACCCUCAUUCUUUCGGACCGCACGACCGACGAAUACCAGGUGACCCGACCGCCUAAGAAUGAUAUCGACGUUGUGAACGCAAGAUUUAAAAAUGGCACACCGAUUUAUGUCCAUCCAAUGACACCCGGAUACGAAGGUUUUACGCCGGGUUUGAACGCAAGUCUUGGUCAAAGAUAUACAGUGACGGUAACGGAAGGCAUUGCUGACUUCGAAAAGCAGAGGCUACAAAACAAGGAGGCUCUUAAUCAACUUCGAAAGGUUGUUGCGGUUCAGAACGAGCGCGGGGAGCCACGUAAUCUUGAAGACCGUUUGUUACUCGAAAGUCAGUUUAAACUGCCUAUGCUCUCCGUUCGUCCGGAUUGCGUCGGAGUAAUGCGAAAUUUACCAGUCGACGAACAGUGCGAAAGACCCAGAGAUCAUGCACCGUCUCCAUAUUUCAUGGAUAACGUCAAUCCUGGGAAGUAUUUCGUAAACGGCUACGCCGGACACAUCCCCUAUGGGUACGCACAUUUCGGAGCUACAAAUGCGACGAUGACGAACAGUGCACUCUGCGAUUUCACCUCAAAUUACAGACGGAGACAAAGCACGGAAUGGGCCCCCGCAACGAUUUCAAGACCUGAUCCACCCCUCCUUAUUCAACCCACUGAAAUUUAUCAUAAACACGUCGGGAUGAUACCGAAUUAUAGAGGUCACAUUCCCGGGGAGUCAUUUAGAUUCGGUAAAACCUUUGGAGCCGACACUAGAGAUGCAAAGAGAUGGCUGCGGGGGGACUUUACUAUUUAAAAAUUAACAUAAACAGCGUCGUUGUUACUACGAGCCGCAAGUUCUGUAUGUGUAUGUAUAUUGAGGAAUAGG